AUGGGUAAGAUGCAGCUGGUCGCAGUGUUCGUGCUCAUCUUGUUUACGAGUUUCACAUGGGCUUUCGACCGGAAAACGAUUCUCGGCUAUCGACUCGGCGGAGCACGAAAGGCACCGCCAAAAACAGAGCACAUGUUUGCUGAGCAAGCGGCUGUUGUUGGAGCGGAUACGUUCUCUCAGCUGAUCAGCCAUUUCGGUGACAACAACGGCACUUGGACUCAACACUAUUUUUACAAUUAUCAAUUCCAACAAAAUUUCCAAGGAGUGACGAAUAAUGCUGUUUUUCUAAUGAUCGGUGGAGAGGGACCAGAGUCGUCUUACUGGAGUCGAAGCUAUAAUCUCCCUUGGAUGAAGUGGGCCUCAGCUAACGGAGCAGCCGUCUUCGAUUUAGAGCAUCGCUUCUACGGAAACAGCCGACCAUUCCCAAAACAAAGCGUGGAAAACCUGAAAUAUCUCUCGUCACGACAAGCGAUUGAGGACAUCGCUUUUCUUCAUUCGGUACAUCAAUCAGAAAAACAGAUGGACGUCGGCGAAAUGGGAGCUUUGGCAGCUUGGGCCCGUCAAAAGCAUCCAGAGUUGAUCGCAGGAGCAGUUGGAUCGUCUGGACCCGUACAAGCGAACCUCGACUUCUAUCAAUACUUACAAGUUGUUGAGAACUCACUUAACUACACCGGUACACCAAACGCCCCCGGAUGGACCUUCGGUUCACCUGCAUGCUUGGCGGCCGUUAAAGCUGGAUAUGCGCAAGUGAUCGAGCUAAUGAAAACGGUUGCCGGCAGGGCCCAACUGAGCACACAGUUCCAUCUUGCUCCCACUCUAGCGAACACUGCUCUCAACUACAACGAUAUCCAGUACUUUUAUCAAAAUAUUUUCGGCAAUUUCCAAGGAAUCGUUCAGUACUCAAAUGAUCAAGGAAAAAAUGACCAGUCGAGCAUUAGUGCCAUUUGCAAAAUCAUGACUGCCAACUCGGAUCCCUACACAGCCCUCGUCAACGUCAACAAGGCGCUGAAUGGACAGGGUGUCUACAACAACUAUACCGGCGACAUCGCGUACCUGCAAGACGAAAGCUACGGCGACGUGGAUCUGGCGGCCGCCCGCAGUUGGAUCUGGCAAACGUGCACUGAGUUCGGCUACUAUCAGACAACUGAUUACACACAGGGGAUCUUCGGGGCAACUUCCGCACUGAGCCUUUCGAUCAACUAUUGCCAGGAUAUCUACGGAAAGCAAUUCGACGCUGAUUACAUCAGUGCUGCCGUGAAGGCCACCAACGAUUUUUAUGGAGGAGCUGAUGGGUAUUCGGGCACGAACGUGGUCCUCCCAAACGGAGAUCUCGACCCGUGGCACGCAUUGGGAAAAUUGCAAUCCGAUUUUGACACCCAGAUACCAUUCUUGAUUGAGGGCAGUGCACACUGCGGUGACAUGUACGAACCUGAACUGGGUGACAAGCGCUACGAUAAGCUCUACGCUCUUGUCUCUCAACAAAUCCCCCUGUGGCUCAAAGGAUCUUCAGAAAAAGCAAUUCCCAAGCAAGCCCAAAAGGAAGCUAUGGCCCCAAGCAAACCGGCAAAGCCCUUUAAACACACUAUCACUCAACUGAAAAGCACACUUGUUGUCGAGAAUGGGCACAAAUAUCGACCGGUUAGCAGAAAAGUUCCAAUGCUGAGAAGCCGUCCGAGAGUGCAGAGCCCAGAGUUUGAUUUUUCCAAAGCCGACACGAACAACUACACGGCUUUUCUUUUCACUCAACCCGAGUCACACUUCGAUCAAACCCCCAACAACUUUUCUCAGCGUUGGUGGAUGAACGCGAAAUGGGCAAGAGCAAGUGGUCCAAACUUUAUAAUGAUUGGCGGUGAGGGAGAGGCAAAUCCAAACAAAUGGAUGCUCAACGAGGACCUUCCAUUCCUCAAAUGGGCUGCCACAUACAGCGCCAAUGUUUACUACAUGGAACACCGAUGCUACGGAGAAAGUCUACUAUCUGGAAGCUCCGGGAUGAAGUACUGCAACUCGUGGGAGUCUCUCUGGGAUCUCCGCUCGUUUAUUACAACUAUGAAUGGCCAAGGGAACAAGGGACCCUGGAUCACUUUUGGAGGCUCAUACUCUGGAAUGCUUUCAUUGUGGGCUCGAAACAAGUUCCCCGAUCUGAUUCAAGGAGCCGUCGGCAGUUCAGCCCCAGUCAACGUGAAGCUCGAUUUUUAUGAGUAUAUGACUGUUGUCGAGAACAGCUUGCGAAUGUACAGCUCGCCAUGUGCGGACAUUGUUGGAAAAGCUUUCACUCAAAUGCAACAACUUGCGCUAACUCCAUCAGGCCUCAAGCAGCUUUCCGAUCUUUUCACGCUUUCCCCAGCAUGGGACGAAAAUUCGAAAGUGUCGGAGAUCGACUUGCAGUUUUUCUUCUCGAACAUUUUUGGAAACUUCCAGGGAGCCGUUCAAUAUGCCGGUGAUAAUGCUGCGUGGUACGCGAACGGAGACGGAGACAUUGCGAGCGUUUGCGCUAUUAUGAACGCCAACGUGGCGAAUCCGCUGCAAGCUGUAGCUGCUGUGAACAAGUACAUGUGGCAGUUCUACUCGGAAUCAGGGGACACCUUUUCCACCUUCAAUAACUACACCGAGAUGAUCGUUGAGCUGCGAGAUGUGUCUGCUGGAGCUGACCGUAGCUGGACGUACCAGACUUGCAACGAGUUCGGCUUCUUCCAGUCGACGGAUUCUGGAGUGAAUAUCUUUGGAUCGCCGACACCUGUGAACAUGUACAUUCAAAUGUGCUACGAUAUUUUUGGAAAUGGAAACGACGGAAACAAGGGUCAAGGAAGUGAUUAUUCAACCAGAAACAUCCAAUCCGACAUCAAGAAUCACUACAAUUUCUUCACAUCAUCUUUUAGUGUCUCCGCUAUUGUAGCUCCGAAUGGAAAUGUCGAUCCGUGGCACGCGCUGGGUCUCUCGAAGAUCAACAACGGAGAUCAGACACUCAUCACGAUUAAUGCCACCGCUCACUGUGCCGAUAUGUACCCAGAGAGAGCCAGUGACCCCGAUGGCUUGAAGAAUGCUCGCAAAACGAUCGGUAAUUUGAUUGGACAUUGGACUGCACAAGCACACGGAUCCGGAUGCCCGAACGGCUUCUCCGAUCAGAACGCCUUGUCGAUUUGUCUCCGCGCCGGCUCCGGAGCCAAAUCCUACUUUUCGGCUGUUGCCGAGUGUCGAUCGGCUGGCGGAGAUCUUCUCUCCAUUCACAACGCCUUCCAGAACAACCUCCUCGCUCAGAUUCAGCAAAACAUGACUCAGUCGAGCCGCGGCUUUUUGGGAGCCCAACAGCUGAACGGGAACUGGUUCUGGAAUGACAACACCCCGUUCGACUAUCAGCGUUUCGAUCAAUCACACACUUGUCGAACAGACACGUUGAGAGAUGAUCGGCGGAAGGGGACUUUUACUGCCCAAAGAGGAGUCCCUCGUCGUGGCAAAGGAGAUCGGUCGGCUUUUGAAAAUAAACGAAAUUUUGAGAAACUUGGUGUUAACGUAAAUGAUGCAAAUCGGAUCGAGAAACGGAUAGACGGAGACAGCUACCUGCACGAGAUUGCACCAUCUGCCCAACUGAAUCGCAAACAGUGGACACCAGACGAUGACCGCACACGGCACAUACUCGAGCAACACGGGGAUAAGCGUCUAAACGAGGGUUUAACACCAACAUUGAAGAAC